AAUGGGGGAUUAGCCAGCUCUGCAGCUGCAUCUAGCGGUCGCUGAGCCGCAAAAACGUUUCUCUAAAACAACCAUGUCCGGCUGGGACGUCAACACGCCGGUCCUCGUCUCCGACGCGGCCGACGGCUGGACCGCCGCCACGGUCCAAAAGUCGAAUGGCAUCGGCUCCGACGCCCUGCUCGACGUCAGGCUCGACAAGGACGGCACGCUCGUCGAGCGCAGGGGCGCCGAGGUGGAGAUCUUCGACGGCGCCGCGCUCGCGGGCGCCAGCGACAUGGCGGCGCUGGAGGCGCUCACCGAGGGCCGCAUGCUCGAGUGCCUGCGGCGCCGCUACGCGGCGGACGCCAUCUACACGUCCGUCGGCGGCAUCGUCAUCGCCGCGAACCCCUUCCGCGCCCUGCCGCACCUCUACGACGACGCGGCGGUCGCGCGCUUCCGGGAGGGCGACGACGGCGCGCUCGCGGCGCCGCACCCGUUCGCGAUCGGCGAGGCCGCGCUCCGGGGCCUCGUGCGCGACGGCGCGUCGCAGUCCGUGCUCAUCUCCGGCGAGUCCGGCGCGGGCAAGACGGAGACGGUCAAGUACGUGCUGCGCUACCUCUCGCGGCGGUCGGCCGCGGAGACGGGCGCGGACGGCGUCGACGGCCGGGUCCUGCGGUCGAACCCCGUGCUCGAGGCCUUCGCGAACGCGAAGACGGCGCGCAACGCGAACUCGAGCCGCUUCGGCAAGUACGUCCACGUCUACGUGGACCCGCUGUCGGGUCUGAUCAAGUCCGCGUCGAUCUCGCAGUUCCUGCUCGAGAAGGUCCGCGUCGUCGACCGCGUCCCCGACGAGCGCAACUACCACGCCUUCUACCAGUGGGCCCGCGGGGCGCGGCGCACGACGCCGGCGAGCUUCCGGCUGCUCGCGGGGCCCUGCGUCGACGUCGCGGGCGUCGACGACGCCGCGGGCUGGGCCGAGACCGCGGCGGCGCUCGGCGACCUCGGCGCGUCGACGGACGACGUCGCCGGCGCCGCGGGCGCCCUCGGCGGCAUCUUAGCGCUCGGCGACGCGAUCAUCUCGUCCGUCGAGCUCCCGGGCCAGGACGCGGGCUCGGCGUUGGACGUCGCGGGCGCGCCGCUCGGCGUCGCCGCGGACGCCUGGCGGGGCGCGCUCUGCGCCCGCAACGUCGCGGGCGUCGACGUGCCCAACUCGACGGACGCGGCGCGCCAGUGCCUGGCCGCCGUGCUCAAGGCCUGCUACGCGCGGCUCUUCGACUGGGUCGUGUCGCUCGUCAACGACGCGCUCCGGUCCCCGUCGGCGUCCGAGGACCACUUCGUCGGGCUUUUGGACGUCUUCGGCUUCGAGUCCUUCGCGCACAACUCCCUGGAGCAGCUGUUGAUCAACUACGCCAACGAGCGGCUGCAGCAUCACUUCAACGCCGUCGUCUUCGCGCAGGAGGCGAGGCUCUACGCCGCGGAGGGCGUGCCCGUCGGCGAGACGGCCUUCGUGGACAACGCGGACGUGCUCGCGCUGUUGGACGGGAAGGUGCUCAAGGUGUUGGACGAGGAGUGCGCGCUGCGGACGGGCGGCGACGCGUCGUACCUCGCGAAGCUCGAACGCGCCUGUGCUUCCUGCCCCCCCUUCGAGCCCAUGCGCGCCCGCAAGAAGUCGACGGACGCGGAGCGCGCGUUGGUCGGCCGCGCCUUCGGCGUGCGCCACUUCGCCGGGUCCGUCGUCUACGCCGUGGAGGGCUUCGUGAGCAAGAACCGCGACGCCCUACCGGAGGCCGCGGCGCACGCUCUCGCGCGGUCCGACGCCCCGCUCAUCGCCAAGCUCUUCGCGGACGGCGACGCGCUCACGUCGAGCGGCGCGCGGAGCUCGCGGUCGCGCAAGGGCCGCGCCUGCGUCGCCAAGACCUUUGGCGCCUCGCUGAAGGCCUUAACGAAGACGAUCGACGCGACGGCGCCCCACUUCGUGCGCUGCGUCAAGCCCAACCCCGCGUCGAGGCCCAGGGCCUUCGACGGCGCCUACGCGCUGGAGCAGCUCCGCUACAUGGGCGUGCUCCAGAUCGUCGAGGCGCGGAAGCGCGGCUACCCGAGAAGGUACGCGCACGGCGCGUUCGACGCGCGGUUCCGGUCGCUCGUCCACGACGACGACGACUGCCGCGUCGUCGGCGACGACCCGGAGCUUUUGGAUCCCGAGGGUUUAGCGUUCGCGCUCUGCGCGGAGCUGAAGCUCGAGCCGGCGUCCGUCGUCGUCGGGAGGACCAGGGUCUUCCUGAAGCACGCGGCGGACGCGGCGCUCGAGAAGGCGCGCGACGCGGCGCUGCGGGCGUCGGCGCUCAAGGCGCUCGACGCGGCCGCGGCGUCGAGCGACCCGUGCGUCGUGGAAGACGCGCUGCGCGCGGCGUUGGACCUCCGGCUCGCGGGGCCGGCCGUCGACGCCGCGCGGUCGCGGCUCACGGAGCUGCGCUUCCUCGAGGCGGAGCGCGCCUUCGCGGGCGCCCUCGCCGCCGCGGCGAGGGCCGCGUCGGGCGACGCCGUGUCGCGCGCCGCGGGCGCCGCGGCGCGCGCGCUCGACGCCGCGGGCGACGACGUCGCCGCGCACCUCGCCGACGCGCUCGCGGCCCUCGUCGACGCGCGACGCGCCGCGGCGCGCGACGGCGUGCCCGCGGAGUCGCCGGACGCGCGCGACGCCGCCGCGGCCCUAGCCGCGCUCGAGGCCUGCGUCGCCGCGCGGCGGCCGCCCCAGGGCGUCGAGGAGGAGAAGGGCGUCGAGGAGGAGAAGUCGGCGUUGCCGCCGCCGCCCCUGUCGCCGACGUCCGCGGCGCUGUCGCGCGCGUACCCGGACGCGCGCGACGCCGCGGAGCGCGCGGCGCGCGACGCGGACUACGCGCGAAGACUCCAGUCCCAGUGGCGCCGCGAGGAGGAGCCCCCGAGGGCGCCGGAGACGCGCUUCGUGUCCUUGCUCUCGCCCGCCGAGGUCGCGGCGGCCAAGGGGCGCCACGGCUCGAAGAUCUCGCGCGUCGUCGACCUGUCGGCGGCGGAUCGGCGCGCGUUCCUCGCGAGGGAGCGCACGGUGCUCAAGGUCGGGUCCAACGGCAAGAGCGCCGAGUGGAAGCGCAUCCGCGUCGCCGACGGCCGCGUGUCCUGGGCGUCGGACCGGCCCGGGGGCCUCUUCGGCAAGAUGGGCGGCGGCGACGGCAAGAAGGGCGUCGCGCUCGCGAGCAUCUCGAGGGCGACGCUGGGCCCCGAGGGCAACGGCUUCGUCGCGGCGUACCACGCGAACGCGCCGCUGGGCAAGCGCAUGGAUGGCGCCUGGAGCUACCUCACCCUCUCGACGAAGGAGCGCGACUACGUCUUCGGCUUCGACGGCGACGACGACGCGGAGGUUCUAAUCUUCGCGUCGAAUCUGGAGCGGGCCGCGGACGACUUCGCGAACCGGGAGCGGCCCUUCGGCGACGGCGUCUUCGCGCGGGCCCAGAGGGCCUACGUCGUCUCCGCCGCCGACGGCCGCAAGCCCCUGGGGCGCCUCUGCCCCGCGCUCCGCGAUUUGGCGCUCGUCGCCGCCGUCAUGGCGGAGACGUCCUUCGCGGUCGCGGCGAAGGGCCGGCUGCCCCGGGGCUGCGCCUUCGGCGCCCUGGCGCCGGCGGCCUUCUGCGACCAGGUCUCCUGGCUGCCCUUCGCCGUGCUCGACGUCGGGACCGCCGCGCCGCUGUCCGUGGCGACCGACUCGGCCGCGGGCUUCGCCGCGGGCGAGGUCAAGUCCGGCGACGGCCGGCACCCGGGCAUCGCCGAGGCCAUCGCCUACGUCGCCACAUUACCCAACGCCGCGGAGCUCGCGGCCGUCACGGGGGUCGUGAGCGCCGACCCGCAGGCGAGGCGGCCGCGGAAGCAGCGCGCGUCCGCGCGGCGAUCCGUGCCGCGCGACCCCAAGCCGGCCCACCUCUUCGCCGCCUGCGCCCACGGCGAUGCCGACCUCGUGGAGGCGCUCGUGCUCCGCUGCCGCGUGCGCGUCAACGCGCGCUACAAGGCGGCGGACGACUGGGCGGGGAUCGCGGGCGGCGACCGCGCGCGGAUGGAGCCGCAGGAGGGGACGACGGCUUUGUGCUACGCGGUGACCUGGUGCGACGUGCUCGGGGACCGCGUCUCGGAGAAGCUCGUGCGGCGCCUGCUCCUGCUGCGGGCGGACCCGGCGCUCGACGACGGCCACCCGGAGGUCGCGAACGGGUCGACGCGGCUGGCGCUGACGCUCCUCCACGCGGGCGCGGAGCCGGACGCGCGGACGUCCGACGGCCGCACGCCCCUGCACAUUUUGCCGCUCUGCGCGGACCCGGCGAAGCGCUCCGAGGUCGCCGAGGCCUUGGUGAACGCGGGCGCGGACGUGAACGCGACGUCCGCGUCCGGCGACGCGCCGGUGCACGCGCUCGCGCGCGACGGCUUCGUCGACGUCGUGUCGACGCUCAUCGCCUUCGGGGCGAACACGCUCCUGGAGAACGCCGAGGGGCUCACGGCCGCGGAGCUCGCGCAGCUCGAGCUGUCCUUCGACGACGGCGCGCGCGCGGCGGGGCUCCGCGCGUGCGUCCAGCUGCUUUCCUGAGUUACUUAAGGAGCGGCGAUUUU